AUAGAAAACUCUCAAAAAUUGAAAUUGUUGUAAAAAUAAAUUGGACAACAACGCGUGUCGGCAAAGAAUCACCCAAAAAGGAGAUCAACAAAUUCUACAAAAUUGCAACACAAUUUUUUUUGCAGUUACAUUUUCGUGUUAAUUAGUGCGCGACAUCGAUACAGACCGAUUGCAACCGAUACCCAAAUCGAAAUCGAAACCGAAACCGAUUCCCCCAGAGUUGGAGUAACACAAAUCUCCCGCGAUGGGUAACGCCGGCUACACGUGCAUACGCCGCACCUUUUGCUGGCUGAACAUCAUUCUCUGGCUCUGCAGCUGCGCUUUCCUGGGCGCCGGCCUGUGGCUGCGCCUCAGCUACGAGGGAUAUGCCACGCUGCUGCCGCAACAUGCCGCACUCAGUGCGGAUACGAUCUUCAUGUCCAUUGGCGGUGUGGGCUUCGUGGUGAGCUUCCUUGGCUGCUGCGGCGCCUGGGUACAGUCGCGCUGUCUGCUGGUGCUGUACUUUAUGCUGAUCGUGAUGCUGUUCAUGAGCGAGUUCCUGGUCGGCUCCAUUGCGUUCCUCUUCCGCGGCGGACUUGGACGGACGCUGGCCAACGAGCUGCGCUUCGGGAUCGAGCGCCACUACAACAGCAGCGACCGCGGCUCCCUCGUGGCACCCUCGGUGGCCGCCAUCUGGGACAGUGUGCAGCAGUCGUUUGAGUGCUGCGGAGUUUCCUCCUACGAGGACUGGUACGACGUGCAGUCGUGGACGGGCAAGCGCUGGGUGCCGGAGUCCUGCUGCCGCACUCUGUACGACCAACGGCAGCUGCUGACCGAAGGAUCCGGCGACGGCCUCCUGCGCGUCGACUGCGGCAGAUCUGAGAACCCGUCGCUGUGGUGGGACAAGGGGUGCGCCCACUCGCUUCAGAGCUGGUUCACCGGCCAGCUGAAUGUGGUGGGUGCCAUCGGGCUGGGCAUCGCCUUCGUCCAGCUCUUCGGACUGAUCACCUCGAUGCUGCUCUUCUGCACCGUCAAGCACAAGCGGGCCUCCGACACAUACAAGUCCUAUUCGCCCUCGAUCGACCCCCAGACCCGCACCAGCAGUUGGGAGGACUGAACCCGCCUGUAGCAGAGGGACAACA